CUGGCACUGAUGUUGAGUCUAUGCAAGUUCCACUCGGUGCCUCUAACUCUCUUUGGAAUAGGCUGUCAUUCAAACUGAGAACCCAAGACAAGACGAAAUGAGUGCAGACAAAGUGGCAAGUGAUGCCAAACUGAAGAAUCUGGAGUGCCUCUUCACAUGGGACGUAAACAAAGAUGACAUCAAAGACUUGAAAAAGAUCCCAGAGAAGCUCCUGGACCGCGUCAAGUACUGUCCCCGCAGGUACCACGGCACCUACUUCAACAUCCUGGCCUUUGUGAGCCACCUGCAGGGUAGGAACGACACUGCCCUUGAAUACCUGGCCAAGUCUGAAGCCGUGCUGAAGGAGGAGAAGCGAGAUGAGGCGGAAUUCCUGGUCACCUACUCCAGCUUCGCAUGGCUGCACCAUCACCUGGGUAACGAGGAAGACAUGGAGACCUACCUGGGCAAGGUGAAGAGCAUAGGUGAGGGUAGACAGACUGUAGUGGAAGCAGAGAAAGGGUGGAGCUUCUUAAGGCUUGGGGCUAACUUCUAUCCACGGGCCAAGGAGAGCUUCCAGAAGGCCCUGGAAGCCAAGCCUGACAGCAUAUCUUAUAAUGUGGGCUAUGCUAUAGUCCUUUAUCGGUUGGAGGAGCUUGUCAAAACGGAUGUUAGAGUCAAACCAGAGAACAGCCCUGCAGCCAAACAGCUACAGAGAGCCUUAGAUCUCGACCCCACUGAUGCUGAAGUUAUGGUCCUCUUAGCCCUGAAACAUCAAAAGUUUAAUCCGUCGAAGAGCAGAGACCUGGUCCUCACAGCCCUCGAGAAGUGUCCGGACACGCCUCAGAUCGUCAGGUACGCUGGUAUAUACUUCAGGAGAGCCGACUCCAAAGAAAAAUCAUUAGAGCUGCUCGAGAGGGUGGUUAAGACAACUCCCAACUCCUCCAUGCUCUAUCACCAGAUGGGGCUCUGCCACUGGCGAGAGAUGAUCAACAUGAAGCAAAAUGACAAGUGGCGGGCCGGCUCUGCACAAGUCAAGGACGCCGUCGCCAAAAGCAUCCCCCUCUUCUGCAAGGCCGUGAAGCUGAAGCCAUCCAACGCGCAGGCCUGGGUUCACCUGGCGGAGGCAUACGCAGAGAUCCGGCAACUGGAGGAGGCCGAGCCCAUUUUCACCCGCCUGGUCUCGGACGCGCAACUGACCGACACGGAGCGACAGCACUGCCACACCAAGUACGGAGCCUUCCUGAUGUAUCAAAGGAAGGACUACACCCGGGCCGUGGAGCAGCUCAAGAAGGCGUACAGGAUCAGGGUCGACACCAAAGACCGGAGUCAGGCUCGGGACAAACUCACAACGAUUCAGAAACACAGAUUUGGACAAAGAGGUCAGGAGAGUGAUGAUAUCUCAGCUUUCCUGUCCGAAGAAGACAGGAAAGACAGCCCGAACAAGGCUGCAGCAGCAAAUGUCAGUGAGCUUUCUGACAGCUUAAAAACAAUGACAAUAAAAGGGACAUAAAAUACACAUACUUAUAUAUAAGCUGUUUCACUUUUAAUGUCUUAGGUCAACACAUCUUUUUUCACCAAUUGUGAAUUUGACAGAAUUUAACUGGUGUAGGCUUUGUUAUUGUAGUAGGUAGAUGCAUUAAAAUCAUAUUUAGCCUUGAAAUAAACUAGCAUUAAUGUUCAACAUAUUUGUAGAAUAAUGCCCAUUUUUGUUCUGUUUAUGUUUGGGAAAUGUUGGCUGGUCUGGGUACCUGACUGUUGGUGUGUAAUUUUGGUGUCUCAGACCAUAGCUCUGUUUGAAUGGUUAUGUGACGUGAAAUCAUAUUCUGUUAUGCGAAAAAUAAAUAAAAGUCCUUGGUGGUGAUUUUGAAUUAAAAAAUCCUUCCUUUUAAAGCUAACUUAAGAACUCAUUUAAGUCUAUGUAAUGACUGAGUUCCUCUGUGUAAUCUCUAGUC